CGUCAUCUUCAGUUCUUCCCAGGACUUGCUGUCUGGACAUUCCAGGACUUGUUUUCCUGACAUAUCUGGUGAGCCCUACAGCACUCCAUUAUGAAUGUGACAAGUUUAUUCUCCUUUACCAGCCCAGCUGUGAAGAGGCUUCUGGGUUGGAAACAAGGGGAUGAAGAAGAAAAAUGGGCAGAGAAGGCUGUUGAUGCUUUGGUCAAAAAACUGAAGAAGAAGAAGGGGGCAAUGGAGGAAUUAGAAAAGGCCUUGAGCUGUCCCGGACAGCCCAGCAACUGUGUCACCAUUCCUCGAUCACUGGAUGGCAGGCUUCAGGUCUCCCACCGGAAAGGGCUGCCUCAUGUCAUUUACUGUCGAGUAUGGCGCUGGCCAGACCUUCAGAGCCACCAUGAACUGAAACCGCUGGAGUGCUGUGAGUUUCCCUUUGGCUCCAAGCAGAAGGAAGUCUGCAUCAAUCCAUACCACUACAAACGGGUAGAAAGCCCUGUUCUUCCUCCUGUGUUGGUUCCACGACACAGCGAAUAUAACCCUCAGCACAGCCUGUUAGCUCAGUUCCGUAAUUUGGGACAAAACGAGCCUCACAUGCCACUCAAUGCCACCUUCCCAGACUCUUUCCAACAACCCAACAGCCACCCUUUCCCUCACUCGCCCAGCAGCAGCUAUCCAAAUUCUCCGGGAAGCAGCAGCAGCACCUAUCCUCACUCUCCCACCAGUUCAGAUCCAGGAAGUCCUUUCCAGAUGCCAGCGGAUACUCCUCCUCCUGCUUACCUUCCUCCUGAAGACCCCAUGACCCAGGAUGGCUCACAGCCGAUGGAUACAAACAUGAUGGCUCCUCCCAUGCCCCCAGAAAUAAACAGAGGAGAUGUGCAGGCAGUUGCCUAUGAAGAACCAAAACACUGGUGUUCUAUUGUCUACUAUGAGCUCAACAAUCGCGUGGGUGAAGCAUUCCAUGCCUCCUCCACAAGUGUGUUGGUGGAUGGUUUCACUGAUCCUUCCAAUAACAAGAACCGGUUCUGCCUUGGGCUCCUCUCCAAUGUUAACCGGAAUUCUACUAUUGAAAACACCAGACGGCACAUUGGCAAAGGGGUUCACCUGUAUUACGUUGGAGGGGAGGUGUACGCCGAGUGUCUGAGUGACAGCAGCAUCUUUGUUCAGAGCCGAAACUGCAACUACCACCAUGGUUUCCACCCCACCACCGUGUGCAAGAUCCCCAGUGGCUGCAGCCUCAAGAUUUUCAACAACCAAGAGUUUGCCCAGCUGUUGGCCCAGUCUGUCAACCAUGGCUUUGAGACCGUCUACGAGCUCACCAAGAUGUGUACCAUCCGAAUGAGCUUUGUGAAGGGCUGGGGAGCAGAAUACCACCGGCAGGAUGUGACCAGCACUCCUUGCUGGAUUGAGAUCCAUCUGCAUGGCCCUCUCCAGUGGCUGGAUAAAGUUCUUACUCAGAUGGGCUCGCCUCAUAAUCCCAUUUCAUCUGUGUCAUAAAUGUCCCCCCCUCACCUUCACCUCCCAUCCCCAGGAUUCUGCCUCUUUUGGAAACUCUUGAGCCUUGCAUGUACUUGAAGGAUGGAUGAGUCAGACACAUCGACGGACUGACGACGGGCCGAGAAGGAGCCUUGGUAAUACUUGACCUCUGUGACCAACUGUUGGAUUCAAAAACUAAAACCGUUUUAACAUACUGUCGGUAUCAAGAACUCGUUUAGUUUACAUUAUAACAUGAUCUUGUAAAGUCGACUGGAUGCAGAUCUUUCAGCGGGGUUUUGUGUAUCGCUCAAGAAGAAAUGGCCAAACGGGGGGCAAUUCGUCCGCGGGACAAGUGUUCCUGAGAGAUCCUUUUGUAUUUGGCACUUUUAAGGGCAUCGUUUGGCAGGGGGUUAGCAUUAAGCCGUUAGUCUCUCUGAAGUGUGUUUUUUUAUCUGGUUGGGAGCCCAUGAUGAGAGUCUCCUUUUUUUGUGGGCUUUUCACGAUAUUUUUUAAAACUUAUUUGUUUAGUAAGAGUUCCUGGGUUGUUUUUUUUUGUUGUUGUUGUUUGUUUGUUUGUUUGUUUGUUUUUUAAAGUAAAGGUUAAUCUUGAUGAUAAUGUGUAAUAGUCUUUCUAAAAUUUGUGGGCUGACCACACUGCUGUCAACAAUAAUGUUAGCAUCUGCUCUCUGCUAAAUGUGUAUGUACAGUGUAUUUGGAAGUUUAGAAUUGAUUAGAUUAGA